AUGGCGGCGGCCGAGGCGGCGCCGCGGCCCCUCGGCCUCUGGGAGCAAAUCUGCGCAGACUACGAAGCAGAGCAGCCUCAACAUCCUGACAGUAUUAAACAGAAAGAGGAGCCUGUGCCUGUCGUACAGGUUCCUCUGGACGAUACAGCUCUGAUACCUCUCGGUGUAGAUGAAGGUGAAGUGGCACUGACCGAGGAAGGGGUUCCUUCGAAGCCCCCUUCUCCCCUCGUGCUACCCCAAUCACCUGAACUACCCAGUGUGAAAACAUGUUCUCCAAGAGAAUUCUUAGAACACUUUAUAUUUCCAGUGCUUCUCCCAGGGAUGACAGAACUGUUGCAUCAGGCUAAGAAGGAAAAAUGUUUCGAGAGAAAAAGAACAAGAUUUAUUGCCCUUGAUUUCCUGACUGAAUGGCUGUACAAUCGCAACCGAAAGAGGAAAGAUGAACCAUUUGUAGAAUUCUUCGAGAUCCCCUUUGUGAAGGAUUGGCUAAAGGACCAUCCUAGGCCACCCAUUCCACUAUCUCUGCUGUUAUCUGAGGAGGAAGCGGGCAUCAUAAUUCAGUCGUUUUGGAGGGGUUAUCGGGUCCGCUGCGAACUAGAGGUUCAGGAAUUACGUCAGUGGCAGAAGCAUUUGAGGGAAACUAAGAACAUUACAAAACGGGUGCAAGAUUUCUGGGCCAAACAAGAGAAAAAAGUGGGAGCCAAGAUAGAAGACUCAGUACAGCCCUCCCCAAUUCACUCAAGCAUUUCAGUAAUGGAACUCGCCCCUGUCCCCGUCCCCCAGAUGUCAGAGAAGAAAGAGGAACACCUGAACCUGUACUGA